UCAAAAUGGCGGAGGCAAAAGAGCUGCAAUCCAACUUAGUCAACUAUAAAGCACAACUUCAGCAGGUGGAAGCGGCAUUGACGACGGAGCCAGAUAAUGAAGAGCUUAUAAAACUAAAGACUGAUCUUGAGGAAGUGAUUGCUCUCACAUCAGAUCUAGUGCAACUAAAUGAGGGUAGCAGCAGCAGUACUGGGAAGGAAUCCAAGGAACCGCCUGGAAAGGCGACAUCAUCUAAGCUAUCAUCAGGUUGGAAAGAAGGUGACUCAUGCCAAGCCAUUUGGAGCGAAGAUGGACGUUAUUAUGAUGCAACGGUAGACAGAAUAUCUGAUGAUGGCGUGACAUGUACUGUGACAUUAGAACCAUUUGGAAAUACAGAAAUAACAAAGGUUGCAACGUUAAAGAAACCAGGUGAACUAGGGGUAAAACGAGCCGCGGCUGUGGAGUACGAUACGAAAGGAGAAGGCAAACAAAAUAAAGAAUUAACAAAAGGUGAACGUGAAAAACUUAGAGAAGUUAAAAAGAAAAAAGCAUUAAAGAAGAAACAAAAGCGAAAGGAACUUAACGAGGCAAGGGAAAAGGACAAAAGCAAGUGGCUGGAUUUUUUCAAUGGGCCAAAAUCUGGUGGAAAAAAGAAGGGAAUUUCAAAGAAGAGUAUUUUUGCAUCCCCAGAAACUGUUGAGGGCAAGGUUGGUAUUGGUACAUGUGGUAUUGGUGGUCAACCUAUGACGACUUUCACACAACCAGAUAAACUGGUUUACAGAAGGUGAUAUCAAAUGGACAUGUAUUAUGGACCCCAGCAUUCCAACCCCCCACAAAACAUUUGCAUUUUCUUGUCAUGAUAAGGCUGUAACCAAUAACUGAUCAGAUAGCAUUUGUUUAUGCCAGUACUUUUAGCCGAACCAAAAUGAAAGGACCGUUCAUGAAUGCCUCUCAUGUAGUAUGAUUUGUUAUAUAGAAACAAUGCAAAGCAAUAAGUGUUUUCAGGGAGGGAGAUUGAUAUAGCAGCCAAACAUUGGGGGGGAGAAGACUGACAUAGACACAUAUUACCUUGUUAAGUUAUAAUGCAAAUAGGAAUUGCCUUUAAAACUGUCAGCAUUUUUUCUUUAGCUUGUUUUGGUUUGGGCUAUUUUCAUGCCCUUAAUAUGUACAAUAUUUAAAUUGAAAUGUAUUGUGAAAGAAACAAUUGAAUUUACUAUAUUGAAGAAUGUGCAAGUUAAC